AUGUUAAAAAGAUUGGAAGAAAAGAUUGAAGGGCGAGUACUGAAGCAAAUGUUAUAUCUUAUGCGCUUCGGAGAAAAGGGUGUUCAGAAACGUGUAGCUCUUGCUCUUGCACAUUUGUGUUCUGCCGAUGAUCGUAAAACUAUUUUCAUUGACAAUAAUGGAUUAGAAUUGCUGUUGGAUCUCCUUGAAUCUACAACCAAAAAGCAGAAGCGUGAAGCCUCUGCAGCGCUUCACACAAUGGCUACCAAAGGAAUGAGUGCCUCUAUUGUUGAUCUUGCGCCUGCAUCACCAACUCCCAGGGUUUACUUGGGUGAGCAAUAUCUAAACAAUCCAGUACUUUCUGAUGUCACCUUCAUAGUUGAAGGCAAACGCUUUCAUGCUCAUAGAGCUUGUUUACUUUCAUCUUAUAUAUUUGGUGCAAUGUUUGAUGGGGGUUACAAGGAAAAGGAAGCGAAGGAUAUAGAGAUUCCAAAUAUUAAAUGGAAUGUCUUUGAGUUGAUGAUGAGAUUUAUAUACACCGGAACCGUAGAUGUUGAUUUGGAUGUUGCCCCAGACCUCCUUAAAGCUGCAGAUCAAUAUCUUCUCGACGGUCUUAAGCGUAUAUGUGAAUCUGUUAUUUCUGAGGAUAUUUCUGUGGAAAAUGUUUCACAUAUGUAUGUGAUGUCAGACACUUAUAAUGCGACAUCGCUAAAAUAUUCAUGCAUACUCUUUAUCUUGAAGCAAUUUGAUAACUUGAGCUCCAAACCAUGGUAUUGUCACUUUAUCCGUUGCAUUAAGCCAGACAUUCGGAACUUCUUCUCGACUUUACUUACCAUGCCUAAACACACUGGCUAG